ACUGCUUAAUUCCUGGGACCGAGCGGUCACAAUAUAAAUUUUUUGGCGCCUCACACUUCUUGAUGUUUUGAGCUUUCUAAAAUUUCAGUACUUCCGCUUUUCCUAAAAUGCUCUGAAUUGAAGACUCGAUUUCCCAUAGAACUAGCCAAAUACUGCCCAACAAUGAGUAUUUACAUCCAUGAGGUCAAGAUUUCUCGUUUCAGAUAAAUCCAGUCUUGUUUUAGCGUUGUUUGGACGUGUGGAGGUGUGUGACAUGUCUUUGGAUCCCGAAGUUGCACGUGUUUGCAGUCAGCUUUUAGCUAAGGGCGUCACUGAGCGACGGGAUGCAAGUGUUGCGUUGCGGAAACUUCUGGGACGUCCAAGUAUUCUACGAUCCCUGGAUGAGAACUCAGACUAUAAGCGGAAGAAUGCCCUGACCUGGGACCAGAUGUUUGCCCGUGUGAAAGAGUUUGUUGUUCUAGAGAUGGACUAUAUGAUAGAUCAGGCUGGAAAGAAAUCUGAAAAGUCACUCUCUGCCACUGCACUAUCAACACGGAAGAAGAGAUUUGAGGAUGCUGCUACACUGAUCAAGCUUGUAAUUUGCAGUGCUAAUGCACGAAGUCUUCAUCUAAAGGGACUGGACAUCCUUAAUCAUAUUCUCUUUGUACUGGAUGAUCCACUCCGUUGUAAGCAUGUUGGAUACAGCUACUGCAAUAUCUUACUCAAGUGUGUCCUCUCCGUACCGACUUACAGACCUGAAAUCCCUCCACUACAGUGGGAAGAGUUGCUGGAACGUUUUGUAAAGAUUGUUGAGGAUCCCCCUGCAUGGAGUAUGCCUAGAGAGCAAGGUCUCAUGAUACAAGUACUCCACAGCCUCUACACAGGAAGCCCACAUCCACCUCUGAACAAAACCAUACACUUCAAGUUCUUCAAGAAUAUAUUCAAAGAUGUCAGACAGGGUAUGAAUAUCCCUUGCAUUGAAAACCUUCUGGAUUCCUUGUUAUCCUUUGCCAUAUCUGUCGCUGAAGACUGCCGGGGGCAGUUGUGUCUACUUGGAGAAAGUAUAUUUGCUGAUCUUUUGAACUUGUGGAGGAAGCAGGGCUUGGCUUUCAAGGAACACUUGGUGCCAUUCUUUCAGCUCCAGAUGAGCAUCCACCAUCCAUGUGGGACACACACUGAUGAUCAGGGGGCUUGGUGCGCAAAUAUCACUCACUGGAAGAAAUGUCUUCAAAAGCUCUAUGAAGCCAUGUUGCUGUACAUAGACAACACUGGUAAACGCAUCCGGGGACCUGGGGCCAAGCUUGACCCCUAUCUGAAGCCUGGGUUUCUUGAUCUUGCAGCGGAUCUCUUGCAUCAGGUGCUAUGGGGCCCAUCUAGUUGCCAUUCAGUCGAUUUGGGUAGGAGUUCUAAGGAGACAGGUAGCAGUACCAAAAAGCGGAGGAUAGACGUUGGCUGGUAUGUUGUAUGUGAGAAACUGAGCAACUGCCCUGAGGGUUCUGUCUUAUUAUCAUGGCUCCAAGUACUCAGUACCCUCUUUGUCAAGCAUCCUUCUUGCAUCCCUGAGAAGGAGGUGUUAGCUAUGCUGACCACCUUGCACCACAUACAGGCGACCUGCAAAAGACCAGAGACCACGGGGAAUGUUCUUAAGUGUCUGGAGGCAUUUGCUCGAUGUGUCUCAAGGGGAAAGCUCUGCAGACUGAAUGAAAAAGAAACCAUCGCAACCAAAAAGGAUACCAUGGCAACCACAUGGCACCAUGUAUGGACUGCUGCUUUAAAGACGAUUGGCUCCAAGAAUCAUCGGGAGUUCGGCUUUUCACUUAUUGCUACACUCAUUAAGGAGAAGGUAAUCUCUCCUGAUGUGGACGCCUGGAAAGUGCUUUGCAGUGGACCUCCUUCAAGGGCAUCCAUGGACUUUCUCUCUGUGCACAUUCGUCUCUACCCCCUCCCUGAGGGGCUAAAGUUACUAGACUCGCUGCUGCUGACAUCGAAUUCAGCCAAGUGGUCCCGGUACCCACUCAGGCAUCACCUCUUUGAUUGGCUAUUGCCAGUAGCAACCGAGGGAGAUGACACCAGUCGAGGGAUUGCAUGCCUGCUACACAGCAAGUCAAAUGUCUGCAUGGGGCUAGUAGCAGACAUUCUCACGUCUCUAACUCAGCGGUCUCCCACCAUGGCGCAUGCUCCUGACGCAAGUACAAUGCCCAAGCUGUCAGAUAAUGUUGCAGAGUUUCAUUCGUCAUUAGCGUCUUUGGAACACCUCUACGUCAAGUCUUCGUUUGACGAGGGAAAAGGUGACACAUGUGUGGCUGUUGAGAGAUUUAGGGACGAAAAGGGAACCCCAGAUACUACUGAGACCAGCAGGUUGGAGCCCUUCUGCUCGCUGCUUAUGGAGAGACUCUGUAACCUACACGAGCAACUUUCGGAACUGUUUGAAACUGAGCCCUUGGGUGCAACCCCAAAGGAGCGCCUCCACACCCUUGGGUCACGUGGUCUAGUGAUGUCACGGUACUGCUCCCUGGUUUGUGAUGUAAUAUCACUGAUGGCAGAGAGAAACGCCCUUCCUCAAGAGCCUCUGCAUUCUAUUCCCCUUGUCAAACGAAUCGGGGUUUUCAAGAAGAAAAUCGCGACUUAUUUUAACGACGUGAUGAAUUUACACGACUGUGAGCUUAACACCCGAGCAGAAUCUCUUGUCCCUAUUAUUGAAGAAUUACACAAGUCUUUCGAUGGCCCCAGGACAUUUGAGCCGCUACUAGCUAUCAUGAGAAGUCUAACACCUGCGAGACACCUAGAGGAUAUUUCCCUGAUAUACCACGGCAAAUGGGGGCAGUCUUCCUUAAACAUGACCCGGAUGGAUGUGACAGAGGUCGAAUUGGACAGGACGGCGGAUGUAACGAUGGAAGAUGAUGAUGGCUUUGACAGUACAGACUCUGGAGCAGCCAAUGACGACAGCCCUCCUACAUCCCAAGAGACAAUUACAGCAUCGAAGUCAUCGAUUGCCGUGUUGCGAGAGGCCUGUGGCAAGUUCCUCUGUGUGUUCGGAUCCCCUGAGCAGCGAGAUAACGUCGUAGAGCUCUUUGACACCGAGGAUUUCCAAAUUAAGAAGCAGAGCGACUUACAGCUGUAUUUCAGCGUAUCAAGUUGUCUUGCUGAGAGAAGUGCAAGUAUCCGUGAGACAGAGCUGGGUGUCUUACUGGAUGCCUUCAAGAGAGUGAUGGCCACCCAUUACAAGAACCCUCACAUCUGCCGCCAAGGUUUGUCUUUGCUGCGGCGAUUAUCCCCAGCCCUCCGCGAGGAAAGACACGAGGAGGCGAGGAAGGUAGCGGCCUUCAUGAUCAAAGUAUUUUGGUCACUUAAAGUUAAAGAUACUUCAGUAAGACUGGAGCUGGCAAAAUGUAUGCAAGUAUUUAUCGAGGUCGACCCCGAGGGAAGAUGGACAACCGUCACAGAGAAAGGAGAAACCUUUAGCUUGAGGAAGGAGUUUUCCAAGAUGUUGACUGAUAGCAGCCACUCUGUGCGCAUGCUCGUAGCGGAGACAAUCAGCUGUCUAUUCCUGCAGCGUCCCACAUGCGGCAAAGUGGUGGCCGAUAACAAACCCAGGCAAUAUUCUACGUUUCAGCAAGUGGAGAAAGUGCUGGCAAAGUCACUGAUUAUUCCGUCCCAUUUGAGUGAUGGAGAGAGCGAGGAUGAAGGGGUUAACAGGUCCUCAUCCAUGCUCGCGGUCCUGAAGUCCAUAGCUAUCGCUAGCCCAGUCUGUGAGAAGAGAGCAGUUUCUCUCAUGUUCCAAGCAUCCAAGGAACAAUUCCUGGACAAGGAGUUAGUCAUCAAGGUCCUGACACAGCUUGCGCACGAGCUUGGAUUUCUCAGCCUGCCUAGCUAUGUAGACUCUCAUCUAGGGUUUAUACUCCACAACUGGCUCAACCACGGAUUUCAAAUCACCGACUUCCUGCAUGGAGCCCUGGGAUGUACGACUACUGCAGACUUUCUCAGGUCCCGCUGUAGCGUUGUCCUUCCUCAGCUCAUCUCCCGGCCUGGCAGCAUGCGCACCUCCAUCAAGCUCUUCACGGAGCAGGUGAACCCAGGCGGUGACUGCACCAGCUUCAUCCUUGAAAGCUUUUGCUCCAUCAUCGCCUGCCUCGUGCCGUGGUUUGCAGUACAGAGCAGAAAGGAGGCUGAGGCCGUCGGAGAUUCACAGGAGAUGAAAAGGCUCAAGGAGGCCAGAAGUGGCGAUGCAUCGCAGGGUUAUGAGUUUCUCAAGGAGAUGAUUACUACACAGACUGUGGAUAAGGUGCUGAACAAGAAUUUUGACGAGGUCGUGGUCCAGUUGCUGAUGCGGAUGUACGAGCCCCCUGAUGAAGGAUCCGACAUAGCCACAUUCUCAAGAGAAAGUGACCCUGAGCCUAACCCCCCCUUCUUCACUUCGUACCCCAUCAAGGCAACACUUGAAUACAUGACGAGGUGUUAUCCAGGCGAGACUGUCGUGUCUGUCCUUUGCAAGAACAAGGAUAACAUCCAAAAGAUUCUGCUAGCGCUGACCACGCGCAUCGCGGACUCGCACUUGCCGUACGAGAGGAGGCGUGUCCUCUCCAUGUAUCGACUGUUUGUGCUGCUAGUUAUACAGGAACUUAGCAACGGGCUACGCAACACAUGGGCUUUCUUUAUCAGAGAUGUCAUCUUCUCCCUAAGACGUAUUAUAACCUCUGAAGAGUUGGUGCGUGAUCGCCGUAGUGAGCGAACAGGUCUUGAAACUGAAGCUGACAUGUUCUCGCCCUGUUGUAACCUGAUGCACUAUCUGUGUGAGGCGGCUAUACAGUGCUGCAGCCAGGAACUUGGAAGUCACCUGCACAUCAUCGUGAGCACGCUGAUGCCAUACGCAUCCGGGCAUGAUGAGCGCGCAACACAGGCGCUGUCUCUGCUACGUUAUCUGAUCGUGGAGUGUACGCCAAGCCUGCUGGACGCUAUCCCCCUACUGGACCCUUUCCCAGACUUGCCACAAUUUAAAGAGCUCAAUGACGCCUACUUGUCUGUCAAGUCUCGCCGGAGAGGCACAUUUCUUGCUCAGGAAAUCAGCCAAUUCGUAUCGGUGAGCCCAAGGUCUCCCCCUCUCAGCCGCUUGGAAGGUCUUAGACACUUGCGGCACCUGCUGGCCACCAACAAACUCGCACUGUACGGAUUACUGAGGUGCGACAAAGCAUGCUCGUCUCCCACUAUCGUCUCUGACCUGAUUCAUGAGCUGAUCAGCUUGUCAGCCCAGUUAAACUCCGUCCACACAAGCACCGCUACUCACAUCAAAGUCGCUAUUGCUGACUGCCUCGGGGAGAUAGGGCCUGUGGACUUGGCCUCAGUCGCACUCGCUGGCAGACAAGUCCAAGAUCCCCUGUUACCGUCGACGGAGUUACUUCAGGGUGAUCCCAUUGUCUGUAGGAACUCCACCAUCAUAGGCCUUCUCAACAGAUACCUCACAGAUAAGAGCGUCAAGGUAGUACACGCAGCUUCCGACUGCCUCAAGCGCGUCCUGGCCACACCAUCGGGAAUAAACCUUCUCAAGAUGUACGAGCAGCACCAAGCGGAAAAGUUACUGUGGUAUCUGGAGCCAUUCAAACCAGCGCGAAAAAGAAAGACCCCUAGCGCAGUAUCCUCAGACGUGGAGAUGGCAGAAGACUUUAUGACUGUACUUGGACGAGAUGAGCUGUGGCUCCCAACCAGGGGAGGGGUGGGGAUAGACCAUGCCACUUGGAUUACUGACCUGACAAGUGUUAUCAUCACGAGUGGAGCUGUGAAGGACGAGAUGCUUAGGCUACUAGCACCUGUCUGUAAGGUCAAGGUUGAGUUCGCGGAGCAGGUUUUGCCGUUCUUGGUUCAUAACAUUCUUGAGCAAGAGGCAGCUAAUGAGAACGAGGCAUCACGUGACUUGCUGUCGGGCCAGGUCGGCGCAUUAUUCGUUCACUAUAACGAGGCUUCGUCGGCCCCAGACCCCAAUAACCGUGCUACGAAAGUGAGUAAAAAGAGCAUCCGCACAAUUCUGAAAGUUACCAAUCACCUCCGCACACAGCCACGCCCCAAGGCCAGGGGACAGGGCAGCAGCACCCCAUGGGAUAACAACUUUUGGCUGGACCUUGAUUAUCUAGAAGCUGCCAAGGCCGCUCAGAAGUGCACUGCGCACUUCACCGCACUAAUGUACACCGAGAUCUGGUGUGACGUGCAGAGGUCUCUACCAGAGAACCCAAUGAACAUCACCCUCCCUACCCGAAGUCAAGACAUAGAAGUAGACUCUGCCAGCCAGAGCACGGACGGUGGCCUAAGCACUAGUUACCAGUCUCUUCUCGUGGAUAUUUACAGCUCGAUAGCGGAGCUGGACAGUGUUUAUGGGGUAGGGGCUGGGCGUCUAGCGGACUUAGAGUCCCGUAUUCGUACCUAUGAGCACGAGGAGCUGUGGGAGAAGGCUGUUGGAGCGUAUGAUCUUCGGAUGCAAGAAAGUCCAACGGCGCAGAUUGGGAUGCUCAAGGCAUUGAAGAACUUCGGUCUUUAUCAUGUGAUGGACAACUACCUCAGAGGCAUUCCCCCCGAUAGCUUGCGCACUAGCCCCGAGGUUGCGGAGCUACAGUUCGAGUCGGCCUGGCGAAACUGCACGUGGGACAUUGACACCAGCCUUGGGUCUGAUGUGUCGAGAAGGCCUGGGUUCCACCAGUCGUUGCACACGUGUUUGUCGGCGCUAGGAGAUGGCGAAGAGUCAUUGUUUCGCAUCACCCUGGAGAAUGCCAAGCUUCGUGUCGUGUCGGAGGUGAGCCACGUAAGUCUUGAGAGCGCGCGAAGUAUCUACCCAAAUAUGGUCCGUCUGCAGCAGCUAACGGAGCUACAGCAAUACACUCUCUUCUUCACAAGCUGCGACACCAAUGAACUGGUCAACAAAUGGAAAGAGAGGUUUCCACUGCCCGACAACGACUUUAUCUUCGUUGAGCCUGUCCUUGCGUUAAGGACCGCUGCCCUUCACAUGCUGGCUCGCGUGAAUUCUCGGCAGGGACGCGAGGUCCUGGGCUCUAUCUACCAGGUUCUCGUGGGGCAUUUAGAGAGUCAAGCGAAACUUGCGAGACAAGCUGGGAAACCUCAGGUCGCAGAAAAGGCGCUGUUCGCCAUCCGUCAUCUCCAUACCGACGCUCAAGUGGUUCAGUCGGUAGGCGGUCACGUGCCAGGGGCGUGGCGGAUGGAGGAGGCGAGGUUGCGCUGGUCGCGUGGCGAGACAGAGACCGCUAUGCAUCUUCUCAAGUGCCUCACCAAGCAACUGCAAGCGUCGCCAGAUGAGGAGGAAAUCAGACUCUAUCCCCAAGCACUUGGCCUGUAUGGAAGCUGGAUGGCGGAAACGCGAUCAGAAAACCCAAACAAGAUCAUAGAGGAAUACUUAGAGAAGGCAACGAAUCUUAUGGAAAGCAUGGAAGAAGAAUCAGCGGCCUCGCCUAUCGAGGCGUACCUAUCGCUUGCGCGAUACGCGGACACGCAGUACCAAAAUAUCGUGGACUACAUGAAAUCAUCAGACUUCGAAAACAAGCAGGAGAUUGCACGUGACGCCAAGAGCGAGUACAACAGGCUGUCGAAAGUGGUGGCCCGGCCUGAGAGAGACAAGUACAUCCGCACACUCAUGGUGGAGAGUGAGAUCGACGAAGAGGAACUGAGGUUGAUGGAAGACAGCAAAAUGAACUUUCUUCAAAAAGCGCUGGAGAACUAUGCCAAGACUUUACAAGCCGGGGAUAAAUACGACCUUCGCGUGUUUCGGCUUUGUUCCCUCUGGUUCGAUAAUUGCAAGACCUCAUUCGUAGAUGACAUCAUGAAGGAUAGUAUCUCUCGGAUCCAGUCCCGCAAGUUCUUGCCUCUGAUGUAUCAGCUCGCGGCGAGACUGGGCAUGAGAUCUAGCCAGGACGACGCCUUCCAGGCCACACUCGGCCAGUUGAUAGAGCGUACUUGUGUAGACCAUCCCCACCACACCCUUCUGAUACUAAUCGCACUUGUAAACGCUGAUCGGGACCGUGAGUACACCGCGCCUAGCAGGAGAAACGGGCGAGACUCGAGGGCAUCCCGCAAUGCCUCGAAAGAGACCAAAGGGUUUAUUGAUGAGGCGCGCCUGGAGGCAGCGAGCGCAUUGAUCGAGAGCAUAUCCCACCAGCGCGGCCAGCUCGUUCAGAUGACCAAGUCCCUCUGUCUGGCAUACAUUGAGCUGGCGUAUUGGGAGGUUGGACAUCUUAAGGGAAAGACAGGCCCGUUUGAUAUCAAGGAUACUCUGGCCAUCAAGAAAAUGAAUAACCUGCGCCAUGUGGCAGUACCAACAUCAGACAUUAAGGUCGACCCUCUGUGUCGGUACGAGGAGAUCGUCUAUGUGGAUCGCUUUAUGCCCACGUUCAGUCUGGCAGGCGGGGUAAAUCUCCCGAAGAUCAUUGCGUGCGUAGGGUCAGACGGAGUCAAGCGACGACAACUUGUUAAAGGUCGCGAUGACUUGCGACAGGACGCAGUUAUGGAGCAGGUCUUCGGGAUGGUGAAUCAACUUCUCGCAAACAACACAGAGACCAGAAAACGUAAACUAAGAGUCAGGACUUAUAAGGUGAUACCAUUAUCCCAGCGCAGCGGAAUGCUGGAGUGGUGUGAGGGUACCAUGCCCCUCGGCGAGUAUCUGAUCGGGAGUCCUGGGCAUAACACUGGUGCUCAUCAGAGGUACAACCCACGUGACUGGUCACCCAUGGACUGCCGCAGAAAGAUGGCCAGUGUGGAUGGAAGCCGAAAGACAAAGGAAGGAGUAUUCAAGGAAGUUAUGGAUCACUUCAAACCCGUUUUUCGACACUUUUUCUUGGAAAAGUUUGUAGACCCCGCUGAAUGGUUUGAGCGAAGGCUCGCCUACACUCGGAGUUGUGCCACGUCCUCUAUCGUUGGAUACAUUGUCGGUCUCGGGGACCGCCAUGUGCAGAACAUACUCGUCGAUUGUAACUCUGCAGAGCUCGUUCACAUUGAUUUAGGAGUUGCUUUUGAGCAGGGAAAGGUCUUGCCCACGCCAGAGACGGUACCGUUUCGACUGACGCGGGAUCUUGUGGAUGGGAUGGGCGUGACAGGGGUGGAGGGUGUGUUCAGGCGGUGCUGCGAGAAGACGAUGGCAGUCAUGAGGACGUCACAAGAAGCGCUAGUCACCAUACUCGAGGUUUUAUUGUACGACCCACUAUACUCGUGGACCCUGAGUCCAGAGAAGAAAAUGGCUCUCCAGGCAACAAAGCCCGAUAACGACGUAUCGGAGAUCUCGUCUACUGCGGUUGAUUUGGUGGGAGAUUUGCCCAAUGGCGAAAACACCGAGAACGGAGCCAGCGUUGGUAACAAGAUGGCAGAGCGAGUGCUAUCAAGACUAAAGCAAAAGCUGAAUGGGAUAGAAGACAACACGCAGCUAAGCGUGACGGGUCAAGUGAACCACCUCAUUCGGCAGGCCAUGGACGUCAAGAACCUGUGCAGACUGUUCCCGGGCUGGCAGCCUUGGGUUUAAAGACGGGUGGUAAGGCCUGAUAGUUUCAUGGGGAGAAGUGGUCUUGAGCCUUGGGUUUUAAAGACGUGUGAUAAGGCCUGAUAAUUCCAUGGGGAGAAGUGGUCUUAAGCCAUGGGUUUAUAGACGAGUGUUAAGGCGAGAUAAUUCCAUGGGUAGAAGUCGUCUUAAGCCUUGGGUUUAUAGACGGGUGGUAAGGCCUGAUAGUUUCAUGGGGAGAAGUGGUCUUGAGCCUUGGGUUUUAAAGACGUGUGAUAAAGCCUGAUAAUUCCAUGGGGAGAAGUGGUCUUAAGCCAUGGGUUUAUAGACGAGUGUUAAGGCGAGAUAAUUCCAUGGGGAGAAGUCGUCUUAAGCCUUGGGUUUAUAGACGAGUGGUAAGGCCUGAUAGUUCCAUGGGAAGAAGUGGUCUUAAGCCUUAGGUUUCAAAGACGUGUGAUAAGGCCUGAUAGUUCCAUGGGGAGAAGUGGUCUUAAGCCAUGGGUUUAAAGACGUGUGAUAAGGCUUGAUAGUCUCAUGGGGAGAAGUGGUCUUAAGCCUUAGGUUUAAAGACGUGUGGUAAGGACCUGAUAAGUGCACGCGGAGAAGUGGUCUCAUAGAUACGGCAAGUCAUGUAUAGUUUGUUUUAGUGGUGCCAUCUUUAUAAGAACUUAUGCCAUGGUUUAAACAGCUGAUGUCUUAGUCUGACCAAGGGAUGUUAUAGUCUGAAAAAAGUGAUGUCAUAGUGUGAGCAAGUGAUGGCAUAGGCUCACAGGAGAGGAUUUAAACGAAUAAAUUUUUUAAAAAAGCUAAAUAAAAAGAAUAAACGGAAUUCUUUAAGAUAA